GGUACAGCAUCCUCUCACUGCAAACGCCAUCAUGGUGGAGUGGACGGACUUCGAGCGCGCCACCAUCAAGGACAUCUUCUCCAAGAUCGACGCUGGAGCUGUGGGCGCAGCAGCUAUCUCCAGGUGUCUGAUUGUGUACCCCUGGACUCAGAGGUAUUUCGGCAGCUUUGGGAACCUCUACAACGCAGCCGCCAUCACCUCCAACCCCAAAGUGGCGGCGCACGGGAAGGUGGUCAUGUCGGGUCUGGAAGCAGCUGUGAAGAACAUGGACGACAUCAAGAACACCUACAAAGACCUGAGCGUGCUGCACUCCGAGAAGCUGCACGUGGACCCCGACAACUUCAAGCUGCUGGCGGACUGCCUGAGCAUCGUGGUGGCAGCUCAGCUGGGGAGCGCGUUCACGGGAGACGUGCAGGCCGCCUUCCAGAAGUUCCUGGCUGUGGUGGUCUCCUCCCUGGGCAGGCAGUACCACUAGAGAGGGUCGUUUGAAAAAUAAAAGCUCUGCAGGCAGA